UUCUUGAUCGACUUCAGAUGAAGCGACUGGAGCGGCGACGGACGCACAUGCUGGUGCUGGUCCUGUCCAGUCUCAUGGUGUUUGGGAGUGCUUACUGCUACGAUAACCCCAGCGCGCUCAAGAUGCAGCUCCAGCAACGCUUCCACCACCUUCCCAAAGCUCAUUACGAGUUCCUUUUCAGCUUGUCGUACACCUUGUACUCGACCCCGAACAUGGUUCUGCCCUUCUUUGGAGGCAUGCUCGUGGACAAGUUUGGCGUUCGAUCCAUGGCCCUCGCCCUUUCCUUGCUCCUCCUCGCAGGACAGAUCGUGUUCGCCGUCGGGUGCACCUUUGAGAACUUCUACCUCAUGCUGGCCGGCCGCAUGCUCUUUGGCCUCGGCGGGGAAACCAUGUGGGUCGCGCAGAGCACGUUUGUUACGCUGUGGUUUGACUCGAGCGAAUUGGCGUUUGCAUUCGGCAUCAACACGCUGUUUGCACGACUGGGCACUGUCUUGAACGAUAAGUUGAGUCCGGUAAUCGCAGACACGUAUAGCGUGACCACGGCGCUGUGGGUGGGUGUGGCGUUCUGCGUGUUUUCGUUGACCUGCACCUACGUUCUUGUGCGUGUGGACGCCGCACACACUUCUCCAGAUCCAAUCAAGGGCCCUGCUGCACCUACACCUACUACCUCGCCAUCGACCCGCCGCCCUGCUUGGCUAGCCUCGUUCAGCGCAUCCUUUUGGCUUAUUGCCAUCUCGUACGUAUCGUUCUACGCUGUGAUUGGGCCGUUCAACAACGUCGCCAGCUCAGUUUUACUCGAACGCGACUACUUCCAGCAACCGCCGCCGCUCUGCCAGCGCUGCGGCAUCGGUUACUACAACCGCUCAUUUGACUGCGACGCCGUAUCUCCACACUGCCCAAAUGUCCCUCCAUUUGCGUGGCCCCUACCAUUACUCUCCCAGAACUGCUCCAUCACGUCUCCCUUUGACCAGUUCCAGUGCUCAAAAGCCCCGCCAUACAUUCUAGACCAAGAUAUCAACUGCGACGACGUUGCGUGGAGGGAAGGCCCAUUCACCCAUCGCUACUGCGCUACGAAAUCCCAAGCGGCGGAAUCUGCGACACAGGCCAUGAGUGUGAUGCCGUUGAUCGUGGCGGUCGUGGCACCAUUGAGCGGGAGUGUCGUGGACGCCGUGGGGUUGCGGCCGAUGCUAGCUCUAGCGGCGGAAUUCCUCCUCGUUGCCGCCCAUGUUGCCCUCGCCUACACUACAGUCUCCGCGUACAAAGUACUCGCGGCCUUGGGUGUCGGCGCGUGCCUGUUCUCGUCCACCAUGUGGCCGUGUAUCCCGUAUGUCGUGGACCCGAGUGUGGUGGGCACCGCAUUUGGAGCCAUCACGGCGUUUUCGAAUUGUGGGCUGGCGAUCGUGCCGUUGGUCGUGGCGGCAGUGUUUAAUGCAUAUGAUGCAUACAUUCCGCAUGUGGAGGUCGUGUUCAUCGCGAGUGCGGCGUGGACGCUGGCUCUGGGCGUGGCUCUCAACGCCCUGGAUAUGGCGCGGGGCCACGUGCUGAAUCGGAAGGUGCUGACAGAGUGGCAUGGUGGUGGUACCCCCCGCUACUUCCCCCCACAUGAUCAAGACGAGUUGGACCAGCCGUUGCUGCUCGACCAAGAAAUAAUAUAAUGUGGAGAUGGCAUGGUAGACCCAAGUAUUAAUAUCAUAGUACUUUUGUAGCUC